AUUCCAAUUAGUGUCCGCUGGUAGAACCCACGUGCCCACUCCACACACACCUUCCUCCUUUUCUCUUUCGAGUUUCCAACGCAACAACAGCCACAGGAGUUGUUGAAAAUAACAAACAUUUACUGUUGUUACCCUUCUACCUUCUUAGACGCACGCCACAACAAACACCUUCUCAGACACAACACAACACAACACUUAAAAACCUUUGCAACACCUCACUUUCGGUUUUCCCAUAAUACAACUAUAACUACAUCAAACCAAAAGCCUAGUGUCGAAUUAUUGACUUCAAAUUUCAAAUCCACUUUGUCCCAUCCCACCUGGACUUCCACCUCAUCCCUCUCCUCAAACGCCAUGAAAAUAGAUAUCAGCAUUUGAUCAUAGGUCUGUUUUGUUUUUGUGGCUGAGAGGAACUGAUUCCAAACUAUUCUAUAUGGGGGCUGGGGAAGAGAGCACAACUAAACCUUCAAAGUCAUCUUCAUCAGUUCAGCAGGAGACACCAACAGUGCCUGCAUAUCCUGAUUGGUCAAGCUCCAUGCAGGCCUAUUAUUCUACUGGAGCUACUCCACCCCCCUUUUUUGCCUCAACUGUUGCUUCCCCAACUCCCCAUCCCUUUUUAUGGGGAAGCCAGCAUCCCUUGAUGCCGCCAUACGGGACUCCAGUCCCAUACCCAGCUUUAUAUCCUCCUGGGAGUAUCUAUGCUCAUCCAAGCAUGGCAGUGACUCCGAGUGCUAUCCAGCAAAGUACGGAGAUUGAAGCGAAGGGAGCUGAUGGAAAGGAUCGAGACUCGUCCAAAAAAUUGAAAGGAACUUCUGCAAAUACAGGUUCCAAAGCAGGAGAGAGUGGAAAGGCAGGCUCAGGUUCAGGCAAUGAUGGCAUGUCUCAAAGUGGUGAAAGUGGUUCGGAGGGUUCAUCAAAUGCCAGUGACGAGAAUACUAACCAGCAGGAAUCAGCUACAAACAAGAAGGGAAGCUUUGACCUGAUGCUUGUGGAUGGAGCCAAUGCCCAGAACAAUUCUGGGGGUGCCAUUUCUCAAUCUUCUGUGCCUGGAAAGCCUGUUGUCUCAAUGCCAGCCACUAAUCUUAAUAUUGGAAUGGACUUAUGGAACCCCUCAUCUGGUGGUGCCGAAGCUGCAAAAAUGAGACAUAAUCAAUCUGGUGCCCCAGGAGUUGUUGCCCUUGGUGAACAAUGGAUACAAGAUGAACGUGAGCUGAAAAGACAGAAGAGGAAACAGUCGAACAGAGAGUCAGCUAGGAGGUCAAGGUUACGCAAGCAGGCUGAAUGCGAAGACUUACAAAAGAGGGUGGAGACACUGGGAAGUGAGAAUCGAAAACUCAGAGAAGAGCUUCAGAGACUUUCUGAAGAAUGCGAGAAGCUUACAUCUGAAAAUAAUUCAAUCAAGGAAGAGUUGGAACGGAUGUGUGGGCCAGAAGCAGUUGCUGACCUUGGAUGAACCAACGACACAUUUGAGUUCCUCGGUGUAGUGUUUGAUGGUAACGGCAAAAUUUGAUAGUUUCUUAAUUAAGACGAAUCUGCAGCUGGAAUUUUCUUAUGAAUGGCCCGGUCUCUUAAUUGAGAAUAGGAUAUAAUGUUUUUUCCUUGUUAUACUAAUUUAUAUGAUUAACCCUCAAUUGUAAUUGCCCUUAUGAUUUUACAUGUCAUUUGUUUGUAAUAUUUACCAACCAGUACCGUAGAAUAGACAAUGUAGGCUACUUGAGCUCUUCUGUUCAGAACAUAGUUUUGCAACUGAUGUUGAGAGUCGUGCUUCAACUUUUGAAAUCUUCAUUACUUCACUUUA